UGGCAGUUGGCAAUUGGCACAGGCCACUAGACGAAACCAGAAGAAAUUACAACGAACUUCCUACUCUUAAACUUCAAGAAUUUUCACUUUCAACCCAGACAAAGGCACCGAAAAUGGAGGAUACCCAGAAUUCUGAAUUCGACAUAGUAAUCCUUGGAGCCUCCGGGUUCACAGGCAAAUAUGUAGUCAAAGAGGCCUUAAAGUUUCUAAAUUCUCCUUCUUCUCCUUUCAAGACUCUAGCUUUAGCCGGCCGCAAUCGCACCAAGCUGAACCAGACCCUCCAAUGGGCCGCCCACCCCAGCUCUCCUCCUUCUUCCAUUGCUAUUAUCACCGCCGACACCACUGACCCGCCGUCCCUGCACCGCCUCUGUGGUCAAGCCAAGGUCAUUCUCAACUGUGUCGGCCCAUUUCGCCUCUUCGGGGAGCCUGUGGUUGCUGCUUGCGCCGACUCAGGGUGUGAUUACUUGGAUAUAUGUGGGGAGCCUGAGUUCAUGGAGAGAAUGGAGGCGAAGUACCAUGAAAAGGCGAAGGAGACUGAUUCUUUGGUGAUUUCUGCAUGUGGUUUUGAUUCAGUUCCUGCUGAGUUGGGACUUCUGUUCAAUUCCAGGCAAUGGAUUGCUCCAGCUGUGCCAAACCAAGUUGAGGCCUAUUUGAGCUUGGAGUCAGAGAAAAGAAUUAUUGGAAAUUUUGGAACUUAUGAGUCAGCUGUUCUGGGUGUGGCCAAUGCAAAAAAGUUGCUGGAGCUUAGGCGAUCAAGACCAAAAAGAGCAAGGCCUAUGAUUCCUGGUCCACCCCCAAAAGGGCCAACCUUACAACACCAGAAGAAGAUUGGUCUUUGGGCUGUGAAGUUACCUUCGGCAGAUUCUGUAGUUGUCCGAAGAACACUUUCAAUCUUGGCAGAGAACCCCCAUGGUCUUCCUGGGGUUAAUGAGAGUCCUGAACAGAUUGAAAAGAGGGAGGCAUUUUGGUCAACCGUGAAGCCGGCUCAUUUUGGGGUAAGGAUAGGAACUAAAUCUUUGGUUGGUAUCUUUCGUAUCAUCACAGUUGGGAUAUUCAUGGGCCUCUUCAGUGGCUUUUCUUUUGGGAGGUGGCUUCUCUUAAAAUUUCCUUCAAUUUUCAGCCUUGGAUGGUUCAAGAAGAAGGGCCCAACUGAAGAUGAGGUGAAAAGUGCUUCAUUUAAGAUGUGGUUUGUUGGACAUGGUUUCGGUGAUGGCAGUCUUGCUUCACAGGGGAACGUAAAACCUGACAUGGAAAUCAUAACUAGAGUAAUGGGACCUGAAAUUGGCUAUGUGACCACUCCUAUAAUAUUAGUACAGUGUGCUCUUAUUCUUUUGAGCCAACGUAAUAAUCUACCCAAGGGAGGAGUCUUUCCUCCUGGAAUUGUCUUUGGGUCAACAGAUCUUCAACAACGACUGCAGGAAAAUGGAAUAUCUUUCGAUGUUGUUUCAAAGAGUGCACUGAAGGCUUAACUGGUAUGCUUUUCUUUUUGAGAAAACAGAGAACUUGGAACUUUUGUCAUAGAACUCCAGCGAAUAAUAGACAAGUUUGUAAAUUUCCUGCUUUUGACUCUCUGUCAUGCUAAGAGCGGGUAUAGCUUUGAUUAGUUUAUAUAGGGAUAUGCUUUUGUCAAGUAACCGCAUCUUUGCAUCUUGUUCUGUUUUCAUAUUUAAAUUUCAUACUUUGGAUGUAGACGAAGAGUUCCUUUUUUGUGUA